AGAAUCAUUUUUUUUAAAUCAACAAGUGAAAAGAGAAAAAAAUGGCAACAUUAUUCAAUGAUAUCUAUAUACAAUUCUCAAUAAUUCUUUUAUCGAUAAUUCUUGUCCUAACUGUAUUGAUUAUCUAUAUUGUACAACAAACAUUAACCAUACGAAAAGAAUAUCGGAAAAAAUUUCAAAAUAAUUCUGAUGGCAAAAUUUCACAAAAACAACAAAAUCAUCAGGAAAAAAAUAAUGAUCGUUUAUGGAUCAAACGACAAAAAAGUCAUACGUCUAUAAAUUAUGUAACGCUCGAUUCAUUACCAGCCGAUUUGAGACAGGUUGAUAAUAAUGAAGAAAAUAUUAUCGAUCACCAACAACAACAACAACAAAAACAAGAUCCAAAUGGUACACAGAUGGUAACAUUUUUGCCACCGAAAAACAAUAAAAAUCAUAAUCAAAGUGGUGGUGGUGGUGGUAGUGACAAUCAUCAACAACAACAACAACAUCAUACAUUACCAAAACGUUUUCCAACACCGCCACCAUCGGUAUCGAUGUCAGCUGCUGUCGAUAUUCAUGAUUAUCGUCAUGACAAUGAUAUAAAUGAAUUAAGUGAAUAUUGUGAACCAAAUCAUUGAAUGAAAACAGAAAAUUUUUUUAUUUUAUUCAACAUAAUGUAUAAUACAAGAAUUACAACAGAAUAAAAAUAACAGUGACAAAAAAAAUCCAAAUACAAAAUAUACU